UCCACCAUGGCGGAGCCGGCCGCCACGGGCAAGGUGUCGAAGAGGAGCACGCAAAAACACUGCCUGCUGUACCUGGCGGCGAUGCUGCUCAGCCUGUCGGCCAUCACCGUGGUGCUGGUGUUGAUGUCGCAGCUCGGUAGCUUCGACGGCGAACUGUGGAGUCGCUGGAGCAGGCGGCAUCCGACCAGGCCGCGCGCAGUCACCACCUUGCCCGAGAUGCCUGAGGACGACCGCCAGAUGGCAGCUCGACUGUUCCGCUACCUCAGCCGGCCGAGCGGCGCCGCCUGCCGCAGGCUGCUCAGGUUCGGCGGCACGCCGUCACUAAAGCUGCACGGCAUGGUGCUCAACUUGGAGGGCGGCGAGAUGGCCUGCCUGGACCCAGAGUUCGCGCUGACCGGGCUCGACUGCCUGGUGUACUCGCUGCGCGCUGGCGGCGACAGCUCCCUGGAGGCGGCUCUCGAGCGCUAUGGCUGCAGCGUGCACAGCUUCGACGCAGCUGCGACCGAGGCCGAGGCGGCGGACGGACCGGGCACCAUCCACCAGGCGGCGUUGACGGAGCACGUCACGCUGGACGAGCUGCGCACCUCGCUCGGCCACUUGCACGAGCCGAUCGCCUUCCUCUCGGUCACGGCGCCCGGCGCUGAGGAGCUGGUGCUGUGCCGGCCAGAGGCGCUGCGGCGCGUGCAGCAGCUGGCGCUGCGCCUGAGCUUCUCCGAGGCGCUCUCUGACGAGGCGCGCGCGUUUGCUCUCUUCCGACGGCGUUAUGGGCAGCUACUGCGGCUGCAGGAGCUCGGAUUCCGUCCGUUCGCGUUCGAGCAGCUGGACUCGCACGGGGCGGUGAACAUGACGGUGCCGGGACUGGCCGAGCCGCUGACCUCGGUCAUGGAGGUGGUUUUUCUGAACGCUGGAGAGCGGGCCCAGCCGACAUUGGCGACAUCAGCGCUGACACUCAGGGGUCUUCGGAGUUGAGAUAGUGCAGUGAUGGAGAAAAAAAUUUUGCUGGGGG